CGCCGACACACGGCCAUGUCAACCCGCUCCUCCAUCUGCCACAAGUCUUGCUAUCCGACAGGCUGCAUUCAACGUGACAUUUCAACAUGCGGACUCAUGCCUCUUUGGAGAAGGAUGAGGAGAUCAACAGCGCCGCCUGGGUUGCUGCCAGAGGUGCCGCCGUCGGCGCUGCUAGGUGGGGAAUCUACUCCGCGGUGCUCGCUGGCGCCGGCUGGGCCUUCAGUCCCAUCUACCGCGGCCUGACCAUCCAAUUCAAAGCCUUCAUCCAAAUGAGCGGCAUGAUCGUCGGCAGCAUGGUGGAGGCAGACCGCCGCCUCGUGGCGCACGAGCAGUACAUGCGCGCGCAGAAGCGGCUCGCGCGCGACGCCGAGGUGUGGCGGCGGUACGAGGCGGAGCUGGCAGCGCUGGAGGGCCCGCCUGCAGCCACGCCGGGCGGCGCGUCCACCGAGGCGGCGGCGGCGACAAUGACAGCUGAGGCGUCCAAGCAGCAGCAGCAGCAGCGGUAAAAGCGAGGGUAUUGGAUGCGGCUGCGUGUACGUGUGGGGAUUCUGUUUGCCGGGCUGGCGUGGCGCGUAGACGUGUGCUCGUGGUUAAAAACGCGCGGGUUUGGGUUGGCAUGGCUUGAUGCGUGGCUGGCUGCGCGCACUUGGGUGAUGGGGAUUGGCGAUUGACACACCCGUGCCUGUCUGCCGGGUUUGAUGCGCGUGCGUGCGUGCGAGAUUGUGGGGUUUCGAGAAACUGCUCAUCGAUGAUCAUGAUGAAUGGGAUGGCUGUGCGUCGAAGCUAAGAUCAGUCAGAUCUUCGAAUAGGAGAGAGAUGUGCGUGUGUGCGUGCGUGCUGACGGCGUCGCUCAUCAUGCCUGGCUGAUCGAUCUUCAUACCGGUUGUAUGUGCAACG